AUGGGAUCAACUUGUUGCCACACCAAAUUCUAAAGUUCCUCUUACGGUAAGAUGAUGAAGUUAUCGAUAGCAGAAUUGUGCUUGGAAUAAGGAUCAAGUGCGCUAGUAUUACAGAAAUAGAGUGUUUCAUAAUAAGAGUAAAGUCAGAUGGUAGCACCUCUUCCACUUCCGCUGCUGGGAAAGGAAUCUCAGACACCCUCAAAACUAGAAGCUAUGAAACAAUAGAUUCAAAUCUUAUAAUUGGAGUCUAUCAAAGCUGGAAGUGACUAGAUGGAGGAGUAAGUAAAUACACCAAAUGGUGAAAUUAAACUUAGCAGAAAUAUUUCAAUUGAAAGUGAAUAACUAAAUAUUAAUAAUAAGGAUAUUCGAAGCACAAAUCAAUAAGAAACUAACUUACUACAACUAAGUCCAAUUUAACUUGACUCAGCUAUGAAUUUACCCUAACAAUCUCCAUCUCCUUUAAAAAAAAAUGGUUAGAGAAAAGAAUCCUUGACUGUAGAAUAAUACAAUAAUACAACUUUCACUUCUCCUAGGAUCAAAACAACUAAUAGAUAAAUUUAAGAUCAGAGUGCUAGUCCCACUAAAAAAUCAAUAGGCUCAAUGAGUUCCUUAACAGUUCGUAUGGGUAUUGAGCUAUUUGUAAACCUAAAGAAAGCUUCAAUAAAUAAGGUUUACACAUUUGGAUAAGUACUUGGAUAAGGAGCUUUCGGAAAAGUAUGGAAAGUGACACAUAAAACAACUGGUUUGAUAAGAGCAAUGAAACAGAUAAAGAAAUCCGAAUUGAUUAAAGAGGAUGAAUAAAAAUUGUUUUAAGAAAUGCAUAUAUUAAAGAAUCUUGAUCAUCCUCACAUUGUCAAAUUGUAUGAAUUGUAUCAAGAUCAAAAUAAUUAUUAUAUGAUUACUGAAUACUUAUCAGGAGGCGAAUUAUUUGAAAGAAUCAAGAAAAUGUAGGUGUUUACAGAAAAAAGAGCAAGUGAAUUAAUUCGUUAAAUAUUACUUGCUAUUAACUAUUGUCAUGACUAAAAAAUUGUUCACAGAGAUUUAAAACCAGAGAAUGUUCUUUUCUCGGGUCCUGAACCUGAUUUAAAUCUUAAAAUAAUUGAUUUCGGAUGUUCUCGUAGGUUUAAUACUUCAAAAAUGACCAAAAGAUUGGGCACUCCUUAUUAUAUUGCACCUGAAGUUUUAGGACACAAUUAUACAGAAAAAUGCGAUAUUUGGUCUUGUGGAGUAAUUCUAUAUAUUCUGUUAUGUGGUUAUCCACCAUUUACAGGAAAGACUGAAUAAGAAAUCUUCGAAAAAGUUAAAUUGGGAAGAUUGAAGUUUCCAAAUGAGGAAUGGGAAUUCGUUUCAAAAGAGGCUAAACAUUUAAUUUAGAAGAUGAUACAAGUGGAUGUCAACCUAAGAUAUUCUGCACCCUAAGCUUUGAAUGAUCCGUGGUUCUAAAAACAUGCCACUAAUCAACCUAUUAAUAAAAAAGUGUUAGAUAAUUUAUCUUAAUUCCAAGCAACCAGUGAAUUCAGAACAGCCAUUGUUCAAUAUAUAAUAUCUCAAAUGACUAAUCAUAAAGAGAUUGAAGAUUUAUAACAUACUUUCCAAUCUUUAGAUGUAAAUAGAGAUGGCGUUCUGAGUAAAGAGGAACUUAUUUAAGGUUAUAAGAGAAUAAUGAAAAAUUAAGAGUAAGCUGAAUAAUAAGCUGAAAGAAUUUUAGAAGAGAUAGAUAAAAAUUUUUCAGGAUAAAUUGAUUAUAGUGAAUUUAUUAUGGCCUCAAUUAAUCAAUCGAAAAUCCUUUCGUAAAAGAAGAUUGAAUAAGCAUUUCGCAUAUUUGAUCUGGAUGGUGAUGGGUAUAUUACAAAGUAAGAAGUCGAAGAUGUGAUGGGAACGUUGAACUAAGAUGUUUGGCAAUUAUUCUUAUAGGAAACUGAUCAUAAUUAAGAUGGAAAGAUUUCGUAUUAAGAAUUUCUAAAACUAUUCUCAAAAUGA